AUGGCUCUUCCAUCGUCUUCCCCUGGUGGUUCACCACCACCACCAGCAACUCCCCUGCGAGUGCAUCGUCGUCGCCUGACGCGACUCACAACUCCUUCCACCUCGUCAGGCUACGCCACUGCGUUUCUUCGCUCUCCGGUCGCCUCUCGUCGACCAUCUGUCCCCAGUGAGCCCGUUCAGGAAAGUGAGGAAGACGAUGAGUUUCUCCGCCAAUUUUCCAACGCCCAGCUCGUCGAACCGAAUGAACUGAGCCAGCUCCUCCAAGAUCAUCUCAACAGCGAGGCCUCUGUCAUCGAAGAAGAACCUGAGCUCGACCCAGUUUCAAUCUACGUCAACAUCCGCGGCUACAGUCCCUACGGCGACGAUAUGGCCUCCCCAAACGCGUUCCCUUCCCUCGAUACCUCUCUUCCUCCUGCUGGCAACCGCAUGGCGAACGCCUCUCCUACCGCACCCUCCUCCCUCAACGGCAGCAAUGGCAUCAACGGUCCUGGGUCCGGCGCGGCAGCCGCUGCAGGAUACAUGUCUCUCCCAGUCGGCCACCAGCAAGACUUGAAUCACCUCUUCAACCAAAUCCAGGAGUUGGGAACCCUCUUAAGGAGCAACCGCGAAAAAGUCAAUUCUAUCACUCGUAAUGCCGAGGAGGUCGCGAAACGUGCAAGUGGAGCGCUUACGGAGGGUGAACCGGCCCAGCCAGAAAAUGACAAAGCACGUAUCCGCGAACUGGAACUCGAACUCGCGAAGCAGAAACAGCUCGUUGAACUCUACAAGCACGAACAAAAGGAGAACACAGGCUUGAUCGCCAUGUACGAAGAAGCAAUGGGGACAGCUGUUGAACAGAUCCGAAACUACUGCGGCGACAUCGAGGGUCGAUUUUUGAGACAACGCAAACAUUACAAUGACCUCUUGCAGCAGGAGAAGGAUGACCACUUGCAGUCUCGACUCGAUAGGGAUAACUGGUACGCGCAAACACUCAAGGUGUGUGAGAUGAUUAGGACAGCACAUCGAUUGAGGACGGAUGAGUGGUGCGAAGAAUACACCAUCAUCGCGGCAUUGCAGGGGGAGGUGAGAUGCUUGAGGCGAUGCUUGGGGAUGGAGCCAGAGAAACCGGAAGAGGAAACCGGCUGGCCAUACUUGAAGGACUUGCCUUUGCCUGAGUAG